AUGACUCAACCAGAUAUAAGUUACACAAUGCAAAACCUGAGUCAAUUUAUGUAUGGACCAAAGAGAUCACAUAUGAAAAGGGCUCUAAGGGUGGUGAAGUAUUUGAAGAAUGCACGUGGUUUGGGCAUCUUGUUAUCUUCUAAGCCUUCCUCACAACUUAUAGUUUACUGUGAUGCAAACUGUGCCACUUGUCCCAUGACAAGAAGGUCAGUUAGUGGCUUCGUAGUCAAGCUGGGAGACUCCUUGAUUUCUUGGAAAUCAAAUAAGCAAAGUACAAUGUCAAGAAGUUCAGCAGAGGCUGAAUAUAGAAGUAUGGCCAACGCAAUUGCAGAAAUGGUUUGGCUCAUUGGAAUGUGUGAGGAACUGAAGGUGAAGCAGAAUUUGCUUGUUAAACUAUAUUGUGAUAGCAAGGCAUCACUUCAAAUUGCUGCGAAUCCUAUAUAUCAUGAACGAACAAGCACAUAG